AAUUAUGAACGCGCAAUAACAAAUGUCAAACAAAUUCCAAGCGGCUCAUGAUAACAUGGGAAAAAAGCCUUCUAUUUAAUGGAAUAUAACAAUAAUUACGUUAAAUUUAUGUGACACGGCUUCUUGUAAAUCUAUUCAAGAUGCCGAAAGAACAAUAUCGCGAAACUUAUGUCGGGAGAAAAAUUUCUCACGUUACGUUUAACGUGGAUAGCGCGUCUGCCAUCCAGCAGGCAGCUCACAUCCAGGUCAUCACUAAGAACCUGUACGCUCAGGAUGGACAGCGAGUGCCGGCGACGUAUGGAGUCCUCGAUAGGCGGAUGGGUACAAAUCAAAAGGAUGCCAACUGUGAAACCUGUGGCCUGGGGCUGGCGGAGUGCGUGGGCCACUACGGGUACAUAGAGCUGGCCCUCCCCGUCUUCCACGUCGGCUACUUCAGGUCCAUCAUCACUAUACUGCAGACUAUCUGUAAGGAAUGUGCAAAAGUGAUGUUAGCUGAACCUCUCAAAAAGUCAUUCCGACGGAAAUUCAUGAACCCUGAACUUUCGUACCUACACAAGAAGAACCUCCGUGCUGCUGUCCUCAAAAAGGCUAAGACUUGCACCAAGUGUCCUUACUGCGAAGCCUUGAAUGGUAUGGUGAAGAAGAGUCCCGCUGGUAUUCUGAAGAUUAUCCAUGACAAGUAUAGGACUAAGAAGCCGACGGAUCCUCUUGUGAAGAGGGUGCUGAGAGACUUUAAUGAGGCGAAGGAGUCUAAUAAGGAGUUGGCGACUAUGAUCAAUAGUGGAUUAAUUAUUGAGAUGAGUCCUGUAGAGGUACUGAACCUUUUCCGACGCAUCCCGGACGAGGACAUCCCGCUACUAGGCAUGAACGCGAAGCUGACGCGGCCUGAACACCUCAUCCUCACGCGGCUGCCGGUGCCACCGCUCUGCAUCCGUCCCAGUGUGGUCUCCGAGAUCAAGGCUGGCACUAACGAGGACGACUUAACAAUGAAGCAAUCAGAGAUUCUCCUCAUCAACGACGUGAUCGCUCGCCACAUCGCCAGCGGCGGCAAGAGCGAGCUGGUGCAGGAGGACUGGGACUACCUGCAGCUGCAUGCUGCGCUGUACAUCAACAGCGAGAUGUCUGGCAUACCGCUGUCUAUGCAGCCUAAGAAACCAGGCCGAGGUCUGGUACAGCGGCUGAAGGGCAAGCAAGGCCGCUUCCGAGGCAACCUGUCGGGGAAGCGAGUGGACUUCUCCAGCAGGACUGUCAUCUCACCAGACCCUAACUUGCAGAUUCAGGAGGUGGGAGUACCAGUCCACGUAGCCAAGAUCCUCACGUACCCUGAACGGGUGUUCCCGGCAAACCUGCAGUGGCUACGUCAGCUGGUCUGCAACGGCCCUGACGUGCAUCCGGGGGCUAACUACGUUCAGCAACGGGGGCUCAAGCAUAAGAAGUACCUGAAAUAUGGUAAUAGGGAGAAGAUUGCUCAGGAGUUGAAGUGCGGUGACAUAGUGGAGCGCCACCUGGUGGACGGCGACGUGGUGCUGUUCAACCGGCAGCCCUCGCUGCACAAGCUGUCCAUCAUGUGUCAUCGCGCCAAGGUGCAGCCGCAGAGGACAUUCAGGUUCAACGAGUGUGUAUGUACUCCGUACAACGCUGACUUCGACGGUGACGAGAUGAACAUGCAUCUGCCGCAGACUGAGGAAGCCAGGGCGGAGGCGCUCAUUCUUAUGGGGAACAAAUCCAACCUCGUAACUCCUCGCAACGGGGAACUCCUCAUAGCAGCCACCCAGGACUUCAUCACCGGCGGGUACCUGAUCACCCAGCGGGACUCCUUCUUCACCCGCGACGAGGCUCACCAGCUCGCGACCUGCCUGCUGUCGGGGCCUGACACGAAUAUGAGGAUCGAUAUGCCGACGCCAGCUAUUCUGAAGCCCAGGAUGCUUUGGACUGGGAAGCAGAUAUUUAGUUUAAUAAUGAAACCUAAUAAGAAGUGCGAAGUGAAGGCCAACUUGGAGACUAAAGGCAAGAACUACACUGGGAACGAGGACAUGUGUGUGCAGGACUCAUAUGUAAUAAUAAGGAACUCGGAACUCCUAUGCGGGUCCAUGGACAAGAGUACUCUAGGGUCCGGUACCAAGAAGAGCAUCUUCUACAUCCUGCUGCGCGACUGGGGCGAGGAGUAUGCCGUCAGGGGCAUGUGGAGGCUAGCGCGCAUGGCGUCGUACUACAUGAUGAACCGCGGCUUCAGCUUCGGCAUCAUCGACGUCACGCCCGGCAAGAAGCUCAUCGACGCCAAGAACAAACUGCUCGAGUCUGGGUACUCCAAAUGCGACGGUUAUAUCUUGGAGAUGGAGAAGGGUACCCUGCAGUGUCAGCCUGGAUGCACCAUGGAGGAAACCCUGGAAGCUGUGAUGCUCAGUGAGCUGAGUAGUAUCAGAGAGUUGGCGGCUAAAGCAUGUUUCCGUGAGCUGCACCCUACUAACGCGCCGCUUAUAAUGGCACAGAGUGGCUCUAAAGGUUCCAACAUCAACAUAUCUCAGAUGAUCGCGUGCGUGGGUCAGCAGGCGCUCAACGGCAAGCGAGUGCCCAACGGCUUCGAAGAUCGCUCGUUACCGCACUUUGAGAGACAUUCCAAGAUCCCAGCAGCGCGUGGUUUCGUAGAGAACAGCUUCUACUCAGGCCUGACGCCCACAGAGUUCUUCUUCCACACCAUGGGAGGACGUGAGGGUCUGGUCGACACUGCUGUCAAAACUGCUGAGACUGGGUACCUGCAGAGGAGAUUAGUUAAGUCUCUAGAAGACCUGGUCCUACACUACGACAUGACAGUCCGCAACGCCAUGGGCGAGGUGGUGGAGUUCCGCUACGGCAGCGACGGCCUGGACCCCUCCUACAUGGAGGGCAAGGACCGCCCCGUCGACCUCGCCAGGGUCCUCGCUGAUGUUCGCGCUAAGUAUCUGUCCAGGGAUGAAGACCCGCUGGACGGUGAUGGCAUAGUAUUAGCAGCUGAAGAAACCCUCGCUUUGGACGACUUUAAAACUUGCACACAGGAGUUCAAAAACGAGUUACUAACGUUCCUCAAGUCCAUAGCCUCCAAGGUCCGCAACCUGCGGACCCGGUACAGCCACUGCGGGCCCAUAGUGAAGCAGCUACAGCGGCUGACCCUGACGCAGCUGGUGCAGUUCCUGCGAGUGUGUCAUCAUAAGUAUCAGAGGAGUGUUAUAGAGCCUGGGACUGCGGUUGGUGCUUUGGCUGCUCAGAGUAUAGGAGAGCCCGGUACCCAAAUGACCUUGAAAACCUUCCACUUCGCCGGCGUGGCCUCCAUGAACAUCACGCAAGGUGUUCCUCGCGUCAAGGAGAUCAUCAAUGCUUCACGGAACAUCUCCACUCCCAUCAUCACGGCUGAGCUGAUGCAGCCACUCGAUCAGGAGUUCGCCAGAAGAGUGAAGGGGAGAGUGGAGAAGACUACGCUUGGAGAGAUCACAACAUACAUAGAUGAGGUAUACCUACCGAACGAAUGCUUCCUACUGAUCCGCCUCGACGCCGAGAGGAUACGGCUGCUGUGUCUAGAAGUUAACGUCGAGUCUAUCGUGUACUCGAUUUGCACAUCAAAACUGAAAAUCAAGCCGGCAAACAUCCACAUAGUAUCAGACUGGGCUAUCAAGGUAUCAGCCGAGCCCAGCAAGCACGGCGGCUGGCUGAACAUGUCGCUGCAGCAGCUCGCGAGGCAGCUGCCCCCUGUCGUCGUCAAGGGGCUGCCGCAGGUGUCCCGGGCUGUUAUCGCUUGUGAUGACACUGACAGCACUGUCAGAUACAAGCUGUGCGUGGAAGGCGACGGCUUGCGUGAUGUGAUCGCUACCUACGGAGUCGACGGCAGAAAGACCACCUCUAACAAUAUAUUAGAGGUGUACCACACAUUAGGCAUCGAGGCAGCCAAGUCCACCAUCAUCACGGAGAUUCAGGCGGUGAUGGAAGGUCACGGCAUGAGCGUGGACCGGCGCCACGUGGAGCUGCUGGCGGGACAGAUGACGGCGCGGGGCGAGGUGCUGGGCAUCACGCGCUACGGCCUCGCCAGGAUGAAGGAGUCCGUGCUCAACCUGGCCAGUUUCGAAAAGACCGCCGACCAUCUCUUCGACGCCGCCUACUACGGGCAAACGGACUGCAUCGAGGGUGUCUCCGAGUCCAUCAUCCUUGGAGUACCAGCUGCCAUCGGCACCGGAGUGCUGCAGCUGAUGCAUGCACACCCUCGGCCCGAGCCUAUAGUGCACCGGGAACUGCUGUUCGAUAGACCAGAGUAUCAUAGCUCUAUAUGGGAGUGACCUGAGGCCUCUGGUCCGAGAAGAGCGGCCAGAAAGAAGUGAAGUGUUCGUGGACUGAAUGUAGACUUGAAAGGUGGAGUGUGGACUGUUAUUGAAGAAAGACAGAUAAAUGGUGUUAUUGAACAUCUUUGGCAGUUGUUAUGGGAAGUCAGAAGCCAGUAAGUCUGACACCAGUCAAACCAACUGUAACUGGUUUGAGGAGGUCAGAUAGGGCAGUCGCUCCUUGUAAAACACUGGUACUCAGCUGCAUCCAGUUACACUGGAAGCCGAUCCCUACAUAGUUAGGAAAAGGCUCGAAAGAUUAUAAUGAUGAUGGUGCAAUUUGCCCCUGACUUAUUUAAGUCAAGCUAAAUAGCUGGCUAAGACAAACAAUGAAGAUUUUUUUUUUAAGUCGUAGUGUAGCUAUAGUAAUUGUAAAGCUUAUGUAUUUGGACAGUAAUUAAGAACAUACAGUCGUUUUACAGAUAUUUGGUUAACCUAAGGUUAGAUGUGUUUAAAAAUGGACUGAUCCAGUGUUUUUGUGAA